AUGAAAAUAUUGUAUUUUAUUGUCAAAUCUUACAGUAGUUACUGUUACUGUUAAUGUCCAUCCUUGGUAUCCUCGAAAAAAGAUGAAUGGAGAAAUGUUCCUAUCCAGUGAUGCAGCUGUCUGCAAACAGGCUUAAGGGCACAAUCAUAAAUACUGUGUCAACAGUGCAAUAUUAUAUAUGUUGACAUUUUAAUGUAAUAAUGAGCUGUAUCACAGUGUACUACUGGCAAUGAAAAGAGUGUAUCAUCCCAUGACUUCCUUUUUUUCAAACACUGGCUCAAAGCUAUACAUGCAUCAUGCCCAAACACACACACACACACACAUCAGAUCAUGGUCACUUUUGGGGACGUUACGUUCAUCUCCUAGAGAUUACCCUAACCCUAACCAUACCCACAACCCUAACCCUUACCCUAACCAUAACCACUCACCCAAAAAUCAGGUUUUUCCAAUUUGGAACAUGGCUUUUGUCUCCAAUUGGACAAGCCCUCCCCAUUUAACUAGUCCUAAGUCUGAAAUUUGUCCCCAAAAGUAGCUCAUGACAGACCACACAUACACACACACAUACACGCACAAACCUUAUCACUGGUAUAAGCAGGAGACAAACAGAUCAAUAGGCACAACUUGCACCAGUGUAAUGGAGAACUCACAGUCGCAGAUAGAGCCAGAGGAAGAAAUGUCAUUUGAACAAAAGAUUUCUCAAGAUUUCAACAAAGCCGGGCAUUCGCGUUCUCACCGUCAACCAUUUGGACGAGGUACAACUUAUUGUAAAAUAAAAUCUUCUGCAGUUUCUUGUCCUACUUCGUUCCUGUCUUCUCUCUGAAACUGACCCUUUGUAACUGUAGCUCAUUCAGAGACUUAAAUUUUCAAUAAGAGGGGGGUGGAUCUGCGUUUCCACAUGACCGAUUGGUUAUACUGAGUCUUGGCCUGCUGAAUGCUGUUCUGCUAAUCAUUGCUGUUGUCGUUGGGAUUUACUGUGCCAAAGUCAACAACCUUCAGAUUCCUCAUUCAGCUGCUACACCCCUCAUGAUUGAGCUAAACUUUCUCCGCAACAGCAGUGAAAUCAUCAAAGCUAAAUUGGAGGCCGAGGCAGCAUUAGCAAGAGAGCGGGCAAGUCAAGUGCAACUAAAGCUGCAAGUGAGGCAGCAGAAAACCAAUACUGACAUCCUUCAGAGCCACAUUGAGACACUACUAACAGAGAAGACAAAACUGAUGGCUAAUAAAACUGCCUUAGAGGGAAGCUGUGGCAGAUGCCUACCGAAAUGGACUCUACUUAAGUCAUCCUGCUAUUAUUUUUCUAACCCUGUGUCCGACUCAAAAAAGAACUGGCCAGACAGCAGAGCGGACUGUAUUAGUCGAGGGGGAGACCUGCUUGUGAUCAAUAACUUGUUGGAGCAGCAACUCAUGAGUGACAACUUUCCAAAGGUGAAUGCUGACGGUUUGUGGUGGCAGAAUGGAUUCUGGAUCGGCCUCACUGAUGUAGUCACAGAGGGAAUCUGGGUCUGGAUUAACAAUGUGACUGAGCUGGAAACAAUGUACUGGAAACUUGGCCAGCCUAGGAGGAGUGGAGUUCAGACUGGGAACUGUGCUGCUCAUUAUUACUAUGAUGAUACCAGGAGAACAUGGUAUAAUGGAGACUGCCAAAACCAUCUAUUUAACUGGAUAUGUGAGAUGGAUCCAAGCUAGACAUGAAACCUCUGAAGACUGCUCUCAUCUGAACAGUCAAAAUGGAGGACGGAGAAAAUUCAGGUAGCGCUCAUGACGGUACGUACAAGAAACUGAUUUGUCAAGAGGACUUCAGUGCAGAUGAGCACCCUCUCUACUCAAACCAAGAGAAACAGCAAGUGUCCAUGUCAAUGGUGAGACCUGAAUCCAGUUUGAAUCAUUACAGACUGCUUGUAAGCAGUCUGGUAGUGCUUGCUGUCCUUCUGCUAGCAGUUGAUAUUGGCCUGGGAGUUUACUAUAGCAAACUUGCAAACGGGCAGCAUGCAUUGACAGACAUCAGCAGUGAGGUGGCCAAACUGCAGGAUGCUUACAACUCUGCAAUCCAAAGAAGAGAUGAAGCCAAGAAACAGCUGGCGAUAGAGCUCGAUCAGCAGCAACUUACCAAAUGGGAGCUUGAACACCAGAGUAGAAGAACCCGAGACUAUGAAAAGCAGAAGGACAAAAUUCAAACGGAAAUUGCAGUGUUGAAAUCGCACAUACCAAUGAUUAAGGAGGGCUGCAGACACUGUCUACCAGGAUGGACUUUCAAGAACUCGUUGUGUUACUAUUUCGCGUUCUCUGAUGCUAUUUCACGCAGAGGGUGGGACGCAGCCAGACAGUUCUGCCUGAAGCACGGUGCUGACUUGGUGGUAAUAGACACCACAGAGAAACAGCUGGCAAUAACUGCCCUGAUAACAAACUAUCAAGACUCCUCAAGAAUAAUGUCCCAGAGCGGCUUCUGGAUGGGAUUGAGAGAUGUGGCGGAUGAAGGAAUUUGGAGAUGGCUGGAUGGAACAAGACUGUCUGAAGGGUUUUGGAAUGAUGGAGAGCCCAACAAUCAGGGUAAUGAGGACUGUGCAGCUGUGUAUCCCAGAGGAAACCCCUUUAAGGGCUGGAAUGAUGCUCCGUGCAAUCAUGCACUGAAAUGGAUUUGCCAAAUGACACCAACGCCUGCGAGUUAAUGUC